AUGGGGUUAAUGGACGAUGACAAGGAGUAUAUCGAUGGAAUUGGUGACGUAAGUGUGCUGGGAUCUGGAGCUUAUUUGAGGAAUUUGUUUACUAGAAUCCUGACCACAAACGCAAUGAGCAGGCCGAAAGAAGUUUGGGAAAAAACAUGGAGGAUUCUGAGUGAUGGAAUUAUGUACGAAAGGAGGAAAGCUCUUAAUAUUUCAGAUCUCCAAAUCGACGACGAUGAGCUGAUGAAUCUGUGCCUGAUUGAAAUUGAAAAGGAGCUGCAGUGCAAUGCCGGAUCUCUAAAAGAUUUCCCGUCUUUGCCGUAUCCUACUUUUGCGGAAAUUAUGAAUUUUGAGAAUAAGUUCGUUGCGGACGAGCUCAACUACAACAAGGAAGAGAUGAGAAAAAUUCAUGAGGAGUUGGUCCGUUCACUUACCGGCGAACAGAAGGCUGCGUAUAAGAAGGUGUUGGAUGUCGUCAUGUCUAAUAAGGGAGGUGGGAUAGCUUCUUUACUGUUGCCCGGAGGGAGAACUGCCCAUUCCAGAUUCUCAACACUCAUCUCAAUAAACGAAGUCUCCACGUGCAACCUUCGUCAGGGGUCGCCUAAAGCUGAAUUGCUCCAAAAGGUGGGCAACGGAACUGUUGACACCAUCGACGAGGAUGAGACCACGAUUGAGAUUCCGUCGGAUUUGUUGAUCGGACAGGGUCCUGAUCCUCUUCUUGAGUUGGUCAAUUUUGCUUAUCCGGACUUAGUGGCGAACUUGGAAAGCGAAUCGUGCUUCCAGGAAAGGGUGAUUCUCGCCCCUACACUCGAGAGCAUUGAGCACGUCAACAACUACAUCCUGUCAAAGCUUCCUGGUGUCGAGAGAGAGUACUUGAGCUACGAUACCCCGUGUAGGUCAGAUGAGGAUUCUGAGGUUCACGCGGAGUGGUUCACCUCUGAGUUUUUAAACGACGUUCAGUGCUCGGGAAUUCCAAACCACAGACUGAUAUUGAAAGAAGGGGUUCCGAUCAUGCUUCUACGAAACAUAGACCAAGCUGGAGGUCUGUGUAAUGGGACCCGGUUGAGGGUCACUCAUCUUACUCAGUAUAUAAUUGUUGCGACUGUUUUAUCAGGAAUCAGGCUGGGGAAAACUGAGUACAUUCCGAGGAUAACCUUAACGCCUUCUGACUCUGGUCUUCCAUUCAAGUUCUCUCGAAGGCAGUUUCCGGUGACUUUAUGCUUCGCGAUGACUAUAAACAAGUGUCAGGGCCAGUCCCUUUCUCAUGUCGGUUUGUACCUUCCGAGGCCUGUGUUUACUCAUGGACAGUUGUAUGUCGCUCUCUCAAGGGUGAAGUCUAGAAAAGGACUGAAGGUGCUCAUUGUUGUCGAGCAAGGGGUGGUUUCCACCUCCACGCGCAAUGUUGUGUACAAAGAAGUUUUUGAGAACGUGUGA